UCCGCGUCCUAGGUCUGGCGGCGCGGGAGGCUGCAGGGCGUGCGGCGACAUGGUGCGCGGCAGGAUCUCCGGGCUCUCUGUCCGUGACGUGCGCUUCCCCACGUCGCUCGGGGGCCACGGCUCGGACGCCAUGCACACAGACCCCGACUACUCGGCUGCCUACGUGGUCCUAGAGACCGACGCGGGAGACGGACUCAAGGGCUACGGGAUCACCUUCACGCUGGGAAAAGGCACUGAAGUGGUUGUCUGUGCUGUGAAUGCCCUGGCCCACCAUGUGCUUCACAAGGACCUCAAGGACAUUGUUGGUGACUUCAGAGCCUUCUACAGGCAGCUCACAAGUGACGGGCAGCUCAGAUGGAUCGGCCCUGAGAAAGGUGUUGUGCAUCUAGCUACAGCGGCCGUUCUCAACGCUGUGUGGGACCUGUGGGCCAAGCAGGAGGGGAAGCCUCUGUGGAAGUUACUUGUUGACAUGGACCCCAGGACGCUGUUGUCCUGCAUCGAUUUCAGAUACAUCACUGACGUCCUGACCGAGGAGGAAGCCUUCGAAAUACUGCAGAAAGGUCAAGUUGGUAAAAAAGAAAGAGAAGAGCAAAUGCUGGUGCAGGGCUACCCCGCCUACACCACGUCGUGCGCCUGGCUCGGCUACUCAGACGACACGCUGAAGCAGCUCUGCACCGAGGCACUGAAGGACGGCUGGACCAGGUUUAAGGUAAAAGUUGGUGCUGAUCUCCAGGAUGACAUCCGCAGAUGCCGACUCAUCAGAAACACGAUUGGGCCCGAGAAGACGUUGAUGAUGGAUGCCAACCAGCGCUGGGAUGUGCCCGAGGCUGUGGAGUGGAUGUCAAAGCUGGCUGAAUUCAAGCCGCUGUGGAUUGAGGAGCCAACCUCCCCUGAUGACAUUUUGGGACACGCCGCCAUCUCCAAGGCGUUGGUCCCAUUAGGAAUUGGCGUUGCCACUGGAGAACAGUGCCAUAAUAGAGUGAUAUUUAAGCAACUCCUACAGGCGAAAGCCCUGCAGUUUCUCCAGAUUGACAGCUGCAGGCUGGGAAGUGUCAAUGAAAACCUCUCAGUGUUGCUGAUGGCCAAAAAGUUUGAAAUUCCUGUUUGCCCCCAUGCGGGCGGAGUUGGCCUCUGUGAAUUGGUGCAGCACUUGAUUAUAUUUGACUUCAUAUCAGUCUCUGCAAGCCUUACAAACAGGAUGUGUGAGUAUGUCGACCACCUGCACGAACAUUUCAAGUAUCCUGUGGUAAUCGAGAAGGCUUCCUACAUGCCUCCUAAGGAUGCUGGUUAUUCAACAGAAAUGAAGGAAGACUCCGUAAAGAAACACCAAUAUCCAGAUGGGGAAGUCUGGAAGAAACUCCUUGCUGUGCGAGGGAAUUAAAUGUUCAGCCCUAACACCUUUUUCUUUUUAAGUAAAAAGGCCUAAGAUUUCUUGGGUAUGGUUUUCCAAAAAUAGGAAAAAGAAAAAUCAUCCUACCAAUCAAAACAAGUUCAGCUGAAAGUCCUAUUAACCUCAGGCAUCAGCUCAGUAAUUAUUACUCGAUUCUUUUAGCAAAUGACCACAUAUUCUUUGACGUAAUCCUUAAACAAAUUCAAAUUUAACUAACUCAAAGUCCAGGAAGAGGUUCUUACAAAAUUUCUAUCAAGGGUUGAUGCCCAGACAUUAAACUGUACUUUGAAAAUAA